CUUCGCUUUACCUCCAUUCAAGCAAACAUUCCCUCUGGAAACAUCAGCCACGAUAUGCCCCUCCUUUAAAUCUGCACCCAGCUCACUACUGCACUCCCAAAACAAAACCCCAAAUGGAACCUUCAAUCGACCCCGCAACGGGUCGUCCGCUCCCCGCAGACGCCAUUCAACGAAUCCUCUUCAUCGCUGCAUCGGUUCACGUCUAUAACAUCCCGCCUCUUACGAGUACGAAAGGUUAUGUAGCAGCAUCAUGGACGGCGGACAAUAAUAAGCGCCAGAUAUUUACCGCACGGUUACGGAUACUCGAGACUGCGGUACCUACAGCCACUGGUGAGACGUUGAAGACGGACAUAUUACUUGAGGAUCCAAGCAAUGGACAGCUAUUCGCUGCAGCGCCCUAUACGAAUGCAAGCAUCGUCGAGCAAGUGUUGGACUCCAGCAGAUUCUUCGCAGUUAGGGUUGAAGGGGAAGGAGGAAGGAAAGCUGUUCUUGGAGUAGGGUUCGAAGAAAGGAGCGAAGCAUUUGACUUCGGCGUGGCAUUGCAGGAGGUUAGGAAGACGUUAGGCCUGGAAGACAAUGGCAAAGCAGGAGGCAAGAAACCAGUGAAGGAAGAAAAGAAAGAAGAGAAGAGAGACUUCAGUCUGAAGGAAGGAGAAACAAUUACUGUCAACAUUGGCGGACGAGCAGGCCGAAGGAAUCCACCGAAGGAAAAAGAAGAAUCACAUCAGAGUCUUGGGAGCUUCUCAUUACCGCCGCCACCGGGAGGAGGUUCUUUGGGCUCUUUCCUACCUCCGCCACCGAGUGCUUCCGAACUGAAGGCUCAGAAGAGAUUAAGUCAGACUUUCGAGCCACCAAAUCCGAACACGAUAGGGGAUAUGGGCUUUGAUGACGGGGAGUUUGGAGAAUUUCAGUAG